AUGAGUGACGAAGAAAAUCUAAGAUCUAUUAAUGAUAAUUAUGAACCUAAAACUCAAAUAAUCUUUCCAAAAUUAUCGUUUAAAGAAAAAUUAGGAUUAUUCUUUAGUAAAGAAGAACCUCCAAAACAACCAAAGACAGAAUUUUUUUGGUGGCAUCCACCAAAUCAAUCAUCAAAAGAGAAAAAAUUAGUAUUUAAAUUAGAUGUUUUCAUAUUAACAUAUACAUGUCUUUCAUAUUAUGUUAAAUAUCUUGAUCAAUCAAAUAUAUCACAUGCUUAUGUUUCAGGAAUGAAAGAAGACUUGGGUUUACAUGGUGCUCAAUAUAAUUGGAUUGGUAAUUGUUUUACAAUUGGUAUUGGUAUUGGUGGAUUAUUAAGUUUAUUAAUCACUAGAUUUUCACCAAAUAUUAUAUUACCAACUUUUGAAAUUAUAUGGGGUACACUUUGUCUUGUUUUAUAUAAGGCAAAUAGUUUUAAAUAUUUAGCAGCUGUUAGAUUUUUCCAAGGUUUAGCUGAAGGAACUGCAUGGGCUAUAGCUCAUUUGAUUUUAGGAUCUUUGUAA